GGUUUAAUAUCAAUUAUUAAUUUACAAUUUAUAACAACUUAUCAAGAUAAUGAUGUUGAUGAUGUUGAAUCAUCAUCAACAUCAUCUGUAUCCGCAUCAUCAUCAUCCGCAUCAUCCGCAUCAGAUUUAUUUGAUAAUCAACAUCGUAAAUAUCAUGCAUUAAAAAUACCACCAUGUGAUCCUGGUUAUUUUGAAUGCGAUUCAGGUGAUUAUUGUGUUAAACAACAAUUUAAUUGUGAUGAUAAUGAAGAUUGUCCGGAUGGUUCAGAUGAAUCUAAUUGUACGGAUAAAUAUGAUUCAAGUUAUUAUAAUAAAUUAUUUAGUAAACGUCCGGAUGAAGAUCGUGAAAAAUUAACAAUAAAUUGUUCAUUAUCAAUAAUACCUACAGAUUGUUCUUGUUCCGGUAUGAAUAUCUAUUGUGUUAAUCGUAAUCUAAAUGAUAUACCAACAAAUGAAUUGCCCAAAAAAAUGAAUGUUUUAGAUUUAAGUGGUAAUCAAAUUUCAACAAUAAAAAAUACAACAUUUACACGACGAUUACGUCAUCUAAAAUCAUUAAUAUUAACCAGCAAUAAUAUACGUACAUUACAAUCAGAUGCAUUUGGUAAUCUAACUGAAUUAACACAUUUACAUUUGAUUGGUAAUCAAUUGGAAGUGAUUGUUGAUUUUGUUUUUCAUAAAAAUAAAAAAUUACGUUUAUUAAAUUUAUCAUAUAAUCCGAUACGUAUAAUCGGUCCAAAUGCAUUUACUGGACUAAAUGAAUUAAUCGAACUUGAUCUUCGAGCUUGUCAACUAGUCAAAUUAAUUGAUAAACAAUUUUUUUUAUUAAAUCAAUUACAAAUAUUAUGGUUACAACAAAAUCAAAUAAUUAUGAUUAAUAAUGAUGCAUUUAUUAAUUUAAAAAAUUUGGAUACAUUAUCAUUAGCACAUAAUCAAUUAACAGAAUUGAAUGAAGCAAUAUUCAUUGAUCUAAUAAGAUUAAAAUCACUUUCAUUGGCUUAUAAUCAAUUGACCAUUAUAACCGAACAGCAAUUAUAUCAUAUGACUUCAUUGGCUAAAUUAGAUUUAAGCUUUAAUCAGAUUGAAAUUAUUGAACCACAUGCAUUCCAAAAAAUACGUCAAUUACGUUCAUUAGCAUUACAAGGAAAUCGUUUUCAAAAACUUCCUCACCAUAUAUUCAAUGAGCUUAAAGAAUUGACACAUAUUUAUUUUAGUGAUUUUCGUCAUUGUACUUAUGCCUUAAAUGUUCGUGUUUGUACACCAAGAGGUGAUGGUAUCAGUAGUGUACAACAUUUAUUAGAUAGUGUUAUAUUACGUAUUGCUGUUUGGAUUGUUGCUAUGAUUGCAAUGAUUGGAAAUUGUUUAGUUAUUAUUGGUCGUAUGAUGAUACAUGAAUUAAAUGUUGUACAUUCAUUUUUUAUUAAAAAUUUAGCUAUGGCUGAUUUAUUAAUGGGAAUAUAUUUAUUUAUAAUUGCUUAUUAUGAUAUAAAAUUUCGUAAUCAUUAUAUUUUAUUUGAAGAAGAAUGGCGUCUUAGUUGGCAAUGUACAUUUGCCGGUAUUAUUUCAACAAUAUCAUCUGAAUCAUCUGUAUUCAUAUUAGCUAUUAUAACUAUUGAUCGUUAUCUAUCUGUAAUGCAUCCAUUUUCAAUAAAACGUCAUUCAAUGUCAUUUGCAAUUGGUGCAAUGUUUUUUGUUUGGUCAUUAUCAAUAAUAUUAGCAUUAUUACCAUUAAUAGCUAAACGUUAUUUUACAAAUCGUUAUUAUGGUAAUAAUGGUGUUUGUCUUGGUUUACAAUUACAUGAUGGUACUGGUAUUGGUUAUUCAACAUUUUUAUUUUGUGGUGUAAAUUCUAUUGUUUUCUUAUUUAUAAUGCAUGCAUAUAUGAAAAUGUCAAUGGCUAUUAUGAAUUCAGCAAUUGGUUUACGUACAACACAACAACAUGAUCGUAAUAUUGCUAAACGUUGUGCAUUUAUUGUUGCAACUGAUGGUAUUUGUUGGUUACCUAUUGUUUUAAUUAAAUUAGCCGCUAUUUCAGGAAUACCAAUCAAUCAAGAUUUAUAUGCAUGGGUUGCUGUAUUUUUAUUACCAGUAAAUUCGGCCUUAAAUCCAGUGCUUUAUACAUUAACAACAAAAUUAUUUAAACAACAUUUAAAUCGUUUUAUAGCACAUAAUUUUUCAUCACAAAAUCGUCAUACACCACCAAUGAUGGAUCAUUCAAGUGGUUCAUCAUCAUUUUGUUCAUUAAAUCAUCAUCAUCAUAAUCAUCAUCAUCACCAUCAUCAUCCCCAUCAUAAUCAACAACAACAACUACAACAACAAAAUCAUUUCAACUGUUGA